UGCGCACAGUUACGGUAAUGGUGCUGAUGAGGGCGCGGAGGAGUUGCGUGAUGCUCCUGUUGUGUCCCGCUGCCAUUUCAUCCGCGGAUCAUCGCGGAAAUAUCAACUGUCAAAUUAACCAUCGGCUCGUGUGAUCCGUCGGUUUGAACAAUCAACCGGCGGAGUUUGAUCGUUGUACGUUGAGGGGGAGACAAGAGAGCUUCUUAAUAUGAUCUAAGCUAUUGUCCUGUUGUUUCUGUAAUUCAAGCCCUGCUAUUCUGGAGGAUCAUUUUUAGAAGACAUAAUCAUCGACAUGGGGUUUGUUUUUCACAGGUACUGACCUCUUAACUUUAAGAUUAUCUAUUGGUGAAACAUGGAGACGAUAUGGCUCUAUCAGUUUCGUCUGAUUGUCAUCGGAGACUCCACAGUUGGCAAGUCUUGUCUUAUCCGGAGGUUCACCGAGGGCCGCUUCGCCCAGGUGUCAGACCCCACGGUGGGGGUGGACUUCUUCUCUCGCCUGGUGGAGGUCGAGCCGGGCAAAAGAAUCAAACUGCAGAUCUGGGACACUGCGGGGCAGGAAAGGUUCAGGUCCAUCACCAGAGCUUACUACCGUAACUCCGUGGGGGGGCUCCUACUCUUCGACAUCACAAACCGCCGCUCCUUCCAAAACGUCCACAACUGGCUGGAAGAGGCCCAGAGCCACGUGCAGCCUCACAACAUUGUCUUCCUGCUGGUCGGUCACAAGUGCGACCUGGAGGACCAGCGUCAGGUGAGCCAGCAGGAGGCCGAGAAGCUGGCCGGGGCCUACGGGAUGCGCUACGUGGAGACAUCGGCGCGGGAAUCCGUCAACGUAGAGAAGGCGUUUGUGGAUCUGACGAGGGACAUCUUUGAGCUGGUGCGGAGCGGCGAUAUUAAGAUCCAGGACGGCUGGGAGGGCGUCAAGAGCGGAUUUGUUCCUAACAUCGUCCAUUCCUCCGAGGAAGUCACCAAGGGCGCCCGCCAGUGCUUCUGUUGAUUCACCUCGCUGCAGGCCGUGGUGGCGGGUCGAGGCGAGGGG